AUGCGUCAGAACUUUAUGGGAGUCGUCGUCGGAACAGCCAUGCAGAAGACCAUCAAGGUCCGAGUCAUGAGCCAGAAGGUCCACCCUAUCGUCCGCAAGACAUACAAAUCGUUCAAAAACUACCUUGUUCAUGAUGAAGCUUCCAAGUGCAAGCUCGGAGAUGUUGUCAGGAUUGAGGCAUGCAGGCCAGUCAGCGCAAGGAAACAUUUUUCGGUCGCAGAGAUCGUUGCCGCCUCUAAAGUCUGGGAGCACACCAAGUAA